GCAAGGCAUCAGUAACUACUUAUUCAUCGUUUUGAACGAAAAGAACGAAAGAGUUAAUAAAAAAAAUGCGUGUUCUCGCUAUAUUUUUCGCGAUUUUCAUCGCGGUUUUGUGCUUCAUCAGCAUCCAAGGACAAGAACAUAAGGCCAUUUGCCCAUGCCCAAGGAAUUACGACCCAGUUUGCGGAACAGAUUUGUACACCUACGCCAACAAGUGCCUUUUCCAAUGCGAACAGACUCAAGCCCGUGCUCGUGGAUCUAAAUUGGAAGUCCUGAAGUUUGGAGAAUGCAAAUAGUUUGUUUUAUGCAUCUAAGAAAAAAUAAGUAUUCAUGGACGGAGGAGUGUACAGGACAUUCAGGAUCUACGUAAAAAUGGAUUCAACUAAUCUCUCUAAAUUUCACUGCAAAUAGCUCAUGCAAAAACGGCUGCAAUGGCUAGUCAUGAAUAGUUAAUUGUUAAGUGUUUGUUAAUCUGUUAAUUUGCCAUCAAAGUUUAUUUAUUUAAUAAAAAUAUCAAAUAAAAUUGGAACCUCCCGUCCAUA